AUGACAGUUUUCACGACGUUCCAAUCCCAAAAACCCAUCCCGAGCACGCACACCACGGUCAGCAGAGUCGACGAGAUUACGAAGUCGAGGCCUCACCGCUGGCGGGGCAUCAAGCAGCAGUUCGGUGACAAGAUUAUCUGGGAUGUGGAACUUAUCAAGUUUGUCGAGGCCGUAUGGGGGUUUGGCCUGAAGGACAUACCAAUGCCUACGUUCUUCCCCUCUGAUCCAAGUCAUACCACUGGCGGGCACAAAGCAUAUCAGCUUCGGAAAACGAUGUUGCAAGAUUGGAUGUACCACCGGGGCGACCAACGGCUACGCAAGCCAUUAAUCAACAUAGCAAACGAUCUCCUGGAUCAGCUGUGUGGAGCGACAACUACGCUAGAGUGUCGCUCCCGCAAGGUGCCGGCACAAUUCUGGGCCCACGACCAGGACGGUAAGGAAGGCCAAAGCAAAGAUGCGCUCAACAUGGGGUUUGCUGUGACGGUGGACUCUUACCAGGCCGAUCCGCGAUGGGAUUUCCAGCUCGCGUUCAUCAAAGUCAAGAAAAGGAAUGCGUUCCCCAUAGUAUGGAGGAUUGCAGGACCACGAUUGAUCGCCAUCGACGCUGCCACAGAGACGAACAAACGUAAGCGCAUGCGGUCAGAGUACAACGAAGAGGACAUACCCGAGCCCAAACGAAUGUGUACGUCGACGGCCAGGGUGCGCGAAAGGCCCGUGAAGACUUCAAGCGGUGGAAAGAUAGUUAAAUCACAACCUACACAGAAGAACACCACUCGAGUGCUCACGGACCACGAGGCGCAGAUGGUGCAGCGCAUGAAUGAGCUGAUGUCUACCAACGUGCGAUUGUUCGGUAUUGGCUGGCUCGUUGAGAAUCAGCACAUGCGCCUCUGUUAUGGCGAUCGGUUUGGCCUGGUCGUGACAAAGAGAUUCAAGUUCUUGGACGAGGACAGACAUCUCUUCUUGCUUGCCGUUGCGGCCAUGGGACAGGCAAGCAUCUACGAAAUGGGUAUCCUGCCAGAUCUGCAUUUCCCGACGAACGAACGAGGCGAGGUGCAGUUCGUCCGGUACACUGGCGCGCAGCUUCGAAUGAAAGCAUUCCUACCCGAGGCGUCGGCGCAGAAGGACUUCACGUUCGACAUUGAAACGUAUGCACAGCCCCUCUACAUGGAAUCCGGCAUGCUCAGUCGCGGAACAUCUGUGCUUCCCAGCGUAGCAACGCCAGGAACAGAGACGUACGAAGAAUUCAAGGAUGAGAAGCUUGUGGUCAAGAUAUCAUGGCCACACCCCUGGCAGACGGUAGAGGCCACAAAUGUCGUCGCCGUUCGCAAGGCACUUCGGGAGAACAAGCCAGCAUACCUACAGCAUGUGAUGGAUCUCAAAUGCUCCGUAACGCGGACCAUCGACGAACUGGACUUACCUCGGAUGGCGAUGGGCUUCCGGCCCGCUGCAGUUGAGAAUCGUGUUUGUUGUACGAUGGUCCUGAAGCGGUACCAGAAGCUCGAGACGUUGGAGUCUGUGGAUGAUUUCAAGACGGUCUAUAUUGACGUCGUUCGAGCCCAUCACUGGGUCUGGCAGACAUCGCGUAUCCUGCAUCAAGACAUCAGUACAAACAACAUCAUGUGGUUCCGGGACGCAGGAGGCAGAGUUAUUGGCGUUCUCUGCGAUUGGGAUUUGGCGAAGAAGUACACUGAAGCCGCCAGCUCAAGAUCUUCGAGUUGCGAGAACAAGGCUGCCGAUGCCGCUGGCACUUCCGCUGAGGACGCAAACGCCAAUAAAAGUGAUGAAGAGACCAAGUCGACGAACACUCACAAGGACCAUGCUGGUACACCGCCGUUCAUGGCUACAGACCUACUGCGUGGCUACGGCGCUGCACCGGUCCAUUUGUACCGCCACGACCUUGAGUCGCUCUUCUAUUUCCUUGUGUAUUUCUGCGCAGGAUGGGACCCGGAGAAGAGAACGCUGAACAGCAUGCCCGCCCGCCAAUGGGAGCGGGGAACACUGGCUGACAUCGCGAGGCAAAAGGAGGAUUUCCUGACGGAUGUUACAGCAUUCGAGUUCAUGCUCGCGGGGGCACAUCCGUUGUUGAAGCCGCUUGCGGAUACACAAGGGGAAAGUUGGGUCAAGCGGCUCUAUGCGCACUUCAGUGAGAACGAGUUUCGGGCUUUCUCCAUCCGGCUGCUACGCAGAAGGUUGUCGUCUACCAGUCGCUUUUCCGAGAGAGGAAAGAAGUACCAGGAGGAGCUCAGAAAGCUGGAGGCCGAGCAAGAGGGAGAAAUCACGUACGAGAAAUUCAUGGAGGCCUUGGAAGCACCUUUGGACGUCUGACACAUGGUGAAAAGGGGACGGUUUCGUGGAAAGGUUGAAUUUGUCUUAGACAGUGUAGAAUGGAGUGUAAGCCUCGAGGCUGCUUGCGGACUUAACGGGCAAUGCAAUAUGAUAGACUUGGAACUUGGAGGAGCCCAAGAGUCCCGCCGAACUCACCCA